CUCCGAUUUCUUUCUCCUCUCUAUCCAGCGUCGAUAACAGUCGAAUCACGAUUUCAAUGGAAUCGUACAACUAUGUCGAUCCUACGAAUUCAAAUCUGGUCAGUCUGACGCCCUUCCUUGAUCCUGUUUCUACCCUAACAUGCUCGCAUACAUUCUGUCGGACCUGCAUCAUUGAGGCUCUUCAACAUUCCUCGCAAUGCCCUGAGAUAGUGUCUGCAAAUCCUAUUGUCAGAUCCUUGGUCGACGAACUCGUUGUCGAGUGUCCCUCCCCCGAGUGCGCACACACCUGCCAGCGGCAUUUACUUGCUGGUCAUCUCAGAGACUCGUGCCCUUUUGCUGAAAUUCCUUGCCCCUUUGGAGAAUGCGACCAACUCAUACUCCGGAAAGAUGCGGAGAGCCAUCGCUGCGCUCACACUCUUAUCAGUUGUCGCGAAUGCGGAACCCAACUCAGUUCCGAAGACUUGACAGAACACGAAGCAGAGUGUUUACCCGUGACAUUUGUUUGCGAUCUCUGUUCUGUUGAGUAUUCGCGUGAUCUACAGUCCUCGCACGCGGAGACAUGCUCCGAGGCCGUAAUAUCCUGUGUUCAUGCGUCAAAUGGGUGUCCGUGGACGGGGAAACGAUGGUCAUUUAUCAACUCGCAUAUUACCUCCUGUCCCUAUGAAGCGAUAAAGGGAUUCUUGUCUCUUCACGAAUCCAGAUUAGCGGACCUUCGGGAAGAGAAUCUCGGCUUGCGAAGCAAGAUUGAUGCCUUGCAAGGCCAUCUGCAGAACACGACUAGGGAUUUACAAGUAGCCAAAGCAGCUCUCGGCCCGUGGUACACACAAUCUUUGGCUCGUUCAACCACAGAUCGAUCUCCACAUGUGCAACAACGAGCAACCUCAUCCACUCCUCGUGUAACCGAAAGCACCGUCUCUCCCCCGACACCAAGCCCAUCAGCUGAUACGCCUGAUAUUUUUGCACCGUAUUUCCCAGAGGAUGAAUCAUUCUCGGCUCACGCCUCCCCGGAGCAGCUCAGCAACUUCAACUGGAGACCAUUGCACGGCACCUCACCGAACAUUAGCCAAGCCUGGGAUCCUGCGAGCCUGACGUCUCGGCCUGUCGCCCAGAACAACGUUGCACCGCUGGACCUCAGUACGACAUUGGAGGGUUCAUUAAGUGGCCUUCGGCAAUCAGUCGUUUCCUUAUCCGCAUCCGUCGACUCCUUCAGCCGUCGCAAUGAGAUUGCUCUGACCAACGAGGCGCUGAGAGUGAAUGAAGAAAUUCGGUCCCUCAGAGCUAAUAUACAUGGCCUUAGGAUGCAGGUUCAUGCUAUUAUGAUGGACCGCAAUGCUCAAGUAACGGGCCGAAUGCAGGAAAUGCCGUCAGUCGACGGACCGUGGACCGGUCCUUCUCGUUUUAUUCCAGGAGGGCCUCCAGUACCGUCCAUUACCAAGUUGUAGUUUAAAUCAUAUCAUAUUCGUUCAAUUAUCGUAGAUUUAGUGUUCAUAUUAUCACCCUUUUCCUUCUUGACUUAGACUUACGAUAGCUCGGUGCGUACUUGAAAUUUGUAACAAUAAAUAAAAUAUCACA